GUUGACAUGAUAGCACGCGUCUCCUAAAGUUAAGCUAGUGUGGAUCAUUUAGCUCCACAUUUGGACAUUAUGAAUAGCUGUAGAAGAAUAAUUUGUAGUGACCGGGGCCCCGGCCUGAACGUCAUCAUUUCUCGGGUCAAAACACACACAAAGUGCCGGCUCUGUCCUCAGGGAUCACUACCCUUCAGCCAAUUUGAGGCUGCCGGGACCAGACAUGCCCCGGACGCCGGCACAGAGGACAAACCCCGGCUCAGAGCGAUCGACCUGGCGCGGAAGAUCAAGCAGCAGAGGACGGAGACACGGGCCCAGGCUCCACCAGUGUCCGCCCAGCAGAAGAGGGUGAUGGAGCUGAAACGGUUCAGUCAGCAGCUACAAAAUGUUCACCCAAACGUGCUGGCCAAACAUCUCCGAAGAAGCGUGCUUUACCAGGAUAAAGAUGUGGUUAUUAUCAACAAACCUUAUGGUGUCCCGGUUCGAGAUGACUCUGGAGCCACAUCCAUCUCUUCUGUACUUCCUGUCCUCUCUAAACUGAUGGAUGGGGUGAAGGUCAAGUCUGACUCUCAGCUUCUCCCCUGUCUGAGUCUGGACAAGGAGACAACAGGAGCUCUCCUGCUGGCAAGGACUGAAGAAGCAUUGGAGAAGAUACUCAACCAGCACAGAAACAACCAAGUGAGGAGAACAUACUGGGUCAUCACAGUCGGUGUACCAGUGCCAUCUGAAGGACUGAUUGACAUUCCCAUUAUAGAAAGAGAGGUCACAGGUCCUCAGCCUCAUUUCAAGAUGGCUCUAAGUCCUCUCUUCAGAAUGAAUGAUACAGGAGACAGUGUAAUCAAAGUCCGAGCCCAUCGACAAGCCCAGUCUGCAGCAACCAAAUACAGAGUUCUGGACAGUAGCAGUGGCUGCAGCCUGGUGGAGCUUCAGCCAUUAUCUGGAGUGAAGCAUCAGAUGAGGGUUCAUUUGGCAUUUGCUUUGGCUUGCCCCAUUCUUGGUGACCAUAAAUAUUCCCACUGGAGCAAACUGGCACCACAGAAAUUGCCAGAGCGCGUUUUGGGAAGACUCGGACUGGAACAGAGUAAGAUCCGGUAUCUUCCUCUUCAUUUACAUGCUCGACAGCUAACACUGCCAGGAACAAGUCAAAAUGACAUCAAUGUGUCAUCUCCCCUGCCAAAGUACUUCAGCCAGACUUUGAGUCAGCUACAUUUAAAGUUUCCUGAUGAAAAAGAAGAAUAAAGACCUUCCUGCCUUUUGUUAGAAAUG